CAGAGCGAGAAAAGCGAACCCAACCCGUCCGGGCCGCCGCUCCGGACCCGCCAGCGCCGUGGCCGCCGCCUCCUCCCCCCGGUCGGGUGUACUGUCCCAACCCGAAAGUCCAGUUCUGCGGCCCGGCAGCGGCCAGCAAGCGAGCGGGCGCGAUGACACAGGAGUACGACAACAAAAGGCCGGUGCUGGUCCUCCAGAAUGAAGCGCUUUACCCGCAGCGGCGUUCCUAUACCAGUGAGGAUGAAGCCUGGAAGUCAUUCCUGGAAAACCCGCUCACCGCAGCCACCAAAGCCAUGAUGAGCAUCAAUGGGGAUGAAGACAGCGCGGCAGCACUGGGGCUGCUCUAUGACUACUACAAGGUUCCUCGAGAGAGGAGGUCAUCAGCAGCAAAGCCGGAGAUUGAGCACCCUGAGCCGGAUCACAGCAAAAGGAACAAUGUCCCCAGCGUGACGGAGCAGUCUCUCAUCUCUACUGGCGAGAGCAGAGUGCAAGUCCUGAAGAACGUGCCCUUCAACAUCGUCCUUCCCCAUGGCAACCAGCUGGGCCUCGAGAAGCGAAGCCACCUGACAGCACCCGACACCACCGUCACGGUCUCCAUAGCAACCAUGCCCACCCACUCCAUCAAGACAGAAAUCCAGCCACCCGGCUUCACGGUGGGGCUCCCCCCGGCUGUGUAUCAUCCCGAGCCCGCUGAGCGGGUGGUGGUCUUCGACCGGAACCUCAACACUGAGCAGUUCGGCUCUGGAGCUCAGCCCCCCAAUGCCCAGCGACGCACCCCGGACUCCACCUUCUCUGAGCCCUUCAAGGAGGGCGUGCAGGAGGUUUUCUUCCCCCCGGAUCUCAGCCUGAGGAUGCCCGGCAUGAAUUCAGAGGACUAUGUGUUUGACAGUGUUUCUGGGAAUAAUUUCGAGUACACCCUCGAAGCUUCCAAAUCGCUUCGGCAGAAGCCAGGGGAUAGCACAAUGACAUACCUGAACAAAGGCCAGUUCUAUCCUGUCACCUUGAAGGAGGUGAGCAGCACCGAAGGCGUCCAUCACCCCAUCAGCAAAGUUCGAAGCGUGAUCAUGGUGGUUUUCGCUGAGGACAAGAGCAGGGAGGAUCAGCUGCGGCACUGGAAGUACUGGCACUCCCGGCAGCACACCGCGAAACAAAGGUGCAUUGACAUUGUGGUCACUUCCUGCCAAAAGCGCCUGCACUUCUCUGCCAGUCGCUGGUCUUCACAGCCCGUCCUGGGCUUCCUGGAACUCAUGUUCCGCCCUGGCUUCCCUCACAAGGGCCUGUGGCCAGGCAGUGGCUCCCAGGUCUUCAUCUCCGUGAACUGCCUGAGCACUGACUUUUCCUCACAAAAGGGUGUCAAGGGGCUGCCACUCAACAUCCAGAUCGACACCUACAGCUACAACAACCGCAGCAACAAGCCAGUGCACCGUGCCUACUGCCAGAUCAAGGUCUUCUGUGACAAGGGAGCCGAGCGGAAAAUCAGAGAUGAAGAGAGAAAGCAAAGCAAGAGGAAAGUGUCUGACGUGAAGGUGCCGCUGCUCCCCUCGCACAAGCGCAUGGACAUCACGGUCUUCAAGCCCUUCCUGGACCUGGACACGCAGCCUGUGCUCUUCAUCCCUGAUGUGCACUUCGCCAACCUGCAGCGUGGCGUGCAUGUUCUUUCCAUUGCCUCAGAAGAACUGGAGGGCGAAGGAUCCACUCUGAAACGGGGUCCAUAUGGGACAGAAGAUGAGUUUGCCACCCCACCCUCUGCCAAGCUGACCCGGAUGGAAGAACCCAAGAGAGUGCUGCUCUAUGUGCGGAAGGAGGCAGAGGAAGUCUUCGAUGCCCUGAUGCUCAAAACUCCAUCCCUGAAGGGCUUGACCGAGGCUAUCUCAGACAAAUACGACAUCCCCCAAGACAAGAUUGGGAAAAUAUUCAAGAAGUGUAAAAAAGGCAUCCUGGUGAACAUGGACGACAACAUUGUGAAGCACUACUCCAAUGAAGACACCUUCCAGCUGCAGAUGGAGGAGGCCGGGGGGUCGUACAAGCUCACGCUCACAGAGAUCUAGGCCCGGCCCCAGCCCCGGGUUCAGAGCUGGUGUCCUGCACCGGCACUGCUGUCACCUGCCCUGCAGACACAGGUGACGUGCGGGAGGGGACCCCUUCUGCCCUGAGACAGAUGCUUUGAACGUAUGAGCAAGCUUCGCAGAGGACAGCAAAGCCGAAGUCCUCACCUGGCUCUGGUGGCCUCAGGCUGCUGCUGUGUGGUUGGUCAUGGUACAGGGCUGUCGGCCUUGUCUGCACCCACAGGGACUAUACGUGGGGGUGCAGGAGGCCCGUGCGGGCUCUGAGUCAUGGGCACAGCCCCACCUCUGCCCUUGUUCCCCCCACUUUGUGUUUACUCCAUGGGGUGCCAGGCCGGGCCUGGUCUGCAGCCUUCUUGUGAGCUCCGUGGGCCACUGCAUAGAGUGGUGGAGUCGCAGCUGCCUUGUGUAGAAGUGCAAUACCAAGGUGAAGGUCCGUGUGUAAAUGUGUACAUAGAGGCUGAUACAAAUGUCUAAUAUAUUCCCUUGGAGGCUGGAGGCCACGGCAAACACGGGCAGCAGCCCUGGAGCCUCCCACAUAAGAGGCCAAGUUCCUGGGACGAUGAGGACACGCGGGGGUGACGUGGGCCAGCUGCCAGCGGCUGCUAUGUGGAUGGGCACGCAACACCAACGCAGUCUUCCUCAGUGCUGGUGGCACCAGGUGUCCUGUCCCUUGGGAACAAACAGUGGGAAUGACUGUGAACCUGGAAUGGACCUCUUCCUCUUCUUCCUGGUCUAAGAAAUGGUUUCCGCCUAAAUCUCUGCA